GAAGCGCGGGGCAGCUAAGCAACCUGCCCGAAGGAGGUCUCCUCUAUUGACUUAGUCUAAUUUACACGUUGUGUACUUUUUAUAUAUUUAUACAUACCUACUUGUACUAAUCGAAUGUUAUAACCUACGCAACGUAUUUUUAUAUAUCUUGACUAACUUGAUAACACCAGAGGAAGGCGACGUUUGCCAAGUUUCUUAAGUCUACCUUAACCAAUCUUUAACGCCACUUAACUCAAAUUAAUCAACGAUUCUCACGCAGAACGUUUUCGAAAAUACGCUACAUUUUGCAGUCUAUAACGUUUAUAACGCGAGUUAACUGAAAAUCGAAUAGUUAUACAUCAAAACAUACAUAUGAAGCAAUGCCGUGCGGUGAUAUUGCAGUAACAUUUUUUUAUACCUAAUUAUACUAGUUAAAGAUGCAAGGAAACCAAAUAGUAAAAUGCAUGUUACAAAUUUUACAAUUAACAAAUUUUUGCACACUCGCCACUCAAUUCGUUAGCUAAUCAAUUAAAUUCCAUUGCAUUAUUCAAAGUAAUCGACUCGAGAUCGUAUCUCAUUGUAAAAUGGUGUAGCCACAAGCUGGAACCCCAUCGAUAGAUAGGCGCGCAUGGAAGGCCCAGCUUGCUGGCCAGUCGAAGCAAUAAUAAGCGAAUCCUUCAAUAAAAUUAUAAUUAUACACUAACCAACAAAGGUUUUCAAUUGCUGCGCUGGUGGAGCUACAGUACAAUAUGAGAUUAGAUAAGGUCUGCGGCAAAAGCUAGCCUGCUCACCCAUCGCCACCAUGAGUACUCCCCUUCAGUUGUGAAAUAGUCGGCGGUCUGCUAGUUUCUCUGCGGGAUCGUAAACAUGUGGGGACUGGACACCAAGGGAGGAAUCAUCUGCUCGGGCUGCCUGUCCAUAGCCUUUGCCAUAACCUAUCUGGCUUUGAUGGACGAUUACUUCUGGAGAAAUGGACUCUAUGAGAUGGGAAUGCACUUUUCGUCGCUGCAGAUCUUGGCCAGCCUGGUGCUCAUCGUUGGAGCCAUAAAGCAAAAGCACAAGUUCUUCGUGCCGUGGAUGAUAAGCACAGGAUUCUUUUUAUACCUGAUGAUGUACCUGCUCAUUUCACUGAUAGUCCAGGGCACAGGGUGGAUCUUCGGACCGUUGAUGGUGGUUCCGUUCUCAGCCUAUCUGUGUUGCGCCUUGUACUCGGUGCAAAAGGCCUUCGACAGGAUGCGCAAGGAGGAGCCACCGGCAUAUGCCAGCUUGUCCGACAAGAAGGAGUUCAUCAAUCAUAUAUAGAUAGAUACAUAUAUAAGCAAUGUCAAUACAAACAAAAAGAUUAAAGGCAGAUCAGAUAGCUGGAAAAUAAAAGCUAAUUUCAAGUGCUAUUACAAUCAAA